UAAAGCAGCCUUUAUAACAAAAUUGAGUGAACAUAAAACUUGGAGAUUCAAUACCGGAAAAAUUUCAGUAGAUUUUCAAGUUUCUGAACGCCAAAAAUAGGGCAACCCGGAACAAAUAUACAAUAUUUCACUUAUCACUUAAUUGCAAUCGAUCGAACGUUUGAAAGGCUUCGCUAUGGCGUCACAUCAGUACCACCAAAUUGCAAAUUUGCUGGAAAAAAUGACGUCGACGGACAAGGACUUUCGUUUCAUGGCAACAAACGAUCUGAUGACGGAGUUACAGAAAGAUAGCAUUAUCCUGGACGACGAGUCCGAGAAAAAGGUGGUGCGAAUGGUGCUCAAACUGCUGGAGGACAAGAACGGCGAGGUCCAGAACUUGGCAGUCAAGUGUUUGGGCCCUCUGGUCAACAAGGUGAAGGAGAUCCAGGUGGAGACCAUCGUGGACUCGCUGUGCGCCAACAUGAUGUCCAACACCGAGCAGCUGCGCGACAUAUCAAGUAUUGGCCUGAAGACAGUGAUUGCCGAGCUGCCGCAGUCUUCAAAUUCCCUAGCCCCAAAUGUCUGCCAAAGGAUUACCGGCAAACUGAGCACAGCUAUUGAGAAGGAGGACGUCUCUGUGAAGCUGGAGUCGCUGGACAUUCUAGCCGAUCUGCUCUCUCGCUUUGGGGAGUUCCUGGUACCCUUCCACAGCACCAUACUGAAAGCUCUGAUGCCCCAGUUGGCCUCCUCGCGCCAAGCUGUUCGCAAGCGAACCAUCGUGGCCCUGUCGUUCCUGCUUAUCCAGGCCAACAGCAAUGCCUACAACGGUGUCAUCGAUCACCUGCUCGAUGGCCUAGAGAAACCAUCAACUCAAGCUGCCAUUCGAACUAACAUUCAGUGCCUGGCUUCGAUAUGUCGACAGGCUGGCCAUCGACUUUGCAACCACAUUGAUCGUUCCAUGCUCUUGCUGAGCCAGUACAGCCAGCAGGACGAUGAUGAGCUGCGCGAGUUUUGUCUUCAGGCAUGCGAAGCAUUCGUUAUGCGCUGCCCAGAUGCCAUAAACUCGCAUAUUCCCAUGAUCCUGGAGCUGUGCCUCAACUAUAUCACCUACGAUCCAAACUAUAACUACGAGACGGAUGAUGGCGAUACUGGCAAUGCCAUGGACACGGAGGAUGAUGAGUACGUUGACAGUGAGGAGUACAGUGACGACGACGACAUGAGCUGGAAGGUUCGUCGCGCUGCAGCCAAGUGUCUGGAGGUUUUGAUAUCCACGCGCCAGGAGCUCAUCGAGGACUUCUAUCGCAGCCUGAGUCCGGCUUUGAUUGCGCGUUUCAAGGAGCGCGAGGAGAAUGUUAAGUCCGACAUCUUUCACGCUUAUGUGGCCCUGCUAAAGAACACACGCCUCACCGACGACGUGGCCAACGACCACGACUCCAUGGAUCAGGUAUCGGGGCCCACCUCGCUGUUAAUUGAGCAGCUGCCACUCAUUGUAAAAGCCAUACAGCCGUUAAUGAGGGAAAAAUCGAUGAAAACGCGCCAAGAUUGCUUCCUCUUGCUGCGUGAGCUGUUGAAUUCGCUACCAGGCGCCCUGGGUCCCUACUUGGAGAGCAUUGUGCCGGGCAUAAGCUAUUCGCUGAAUGACAAGAGUUCUACCAGCAACAUGAAGAUCGAGUCUCUGGGAUUCCUCUACUCGCUGCUCCAGGGACAUCCGCCGCAUGUCUUUCAUCCACAUAUACCUUCACUGGUGCCCCUUGUGGUGACUUCGGUCUUUGAUCCGUUCUAUAAGAUUGCCACAGAGGCGCUCUUGGUGUUGCAGCAAUUGGUGAAGGUGAUUCGUCCGCUGGAACCGAAUGCGGCCAAGUCCGACUUUGAUGCACCUUCGUUUGUGGGACAGGUGUACUCGUGCACCUUGCAGAAACUGAAAGUCACGGAUGUCGACCAGGAGGUGAAGGAGCGAGCUAUAGCCUGCAUGGGACAGAUUAUCGCCAACAUGGGCGACAUGCUGCAGAACGAGCUGGCGGUUUGCCUGCCAAUCUUCAUGGAGCGCCUUAAGAACGAAGUAACCAGGCUCAGCAGCGUGAAGGCGUUGACCCUGAUCGCAGCUUCCUCCCUGCGCAUUGAUCUAACUCCCAUCCUGCACGACGUGUUACCCGCAUUGGGCACAUUCCUUCGAAAGAACCACCGCGCCCUGAAGCUACACUCCCUCGAUCUGAUCAACAAGAUCGUCAUCAACUAUUCGAGCAACUUUGAGCCGAACCUACUGCAGACAGCCAUAGUUGAGAUUCCACCGCUCAUAUCCGACUCGGACUUGCACGUUGCUCAGUACUCUCUGACACUUUUGAGCACGGUAGCUCGCCGGCAGCCCCAAGCUCUUGUCGGUAUACAUGAGCAGUUCUUGCGCUCUGUGCUUAUCCUCGUUCGAUCUCCUUUGCUGCAGGGGUCUGCAUUGAACUGCACUUUGGAGCUGUUCCAAGCCUUGGUGCAAACACAGCUGACUGGCCUGGACUAUCAUUCGUUGGUCUCGAAGCUUAUGGCUCCAGUUUUGGGUGGCAACGGCGAUGCCAACUCCAGAGCCACUGCCGGCGCUCCCAGUGAGGUGGUGCAGCUGCACAAGCAGGCCUAUCACUCAUCGGCCAAGUGCAUCGCUGCCUUAACACAGCAGUGUCCCCAGGUGGCGACCCCGUUGGCCACAAAGCUGAUAACGGAUCUGCAGAAGCGUAACGAUACGGAAAUUAUAUUCUGUUUGCUCACCAUCGGAGAGAUUGGCCGGCAUUUUGAUCUGAGCUCCAUACAGGUGCUGCCACAGACAAUUAUUGAAUGCUUUGGGGCCACCUCGGAGGAUGUAAAGGCUGCAGCCUCGCAUGCUCUCGGCGCGGUGUCCGUGGGAAGCCUGCAGACAUACCUACCUCUGAUUCUGCACGAGAUUGAGGUGCAGCCAAAGAGACAGUAUUUGCUGCUACAUUCGCUUAAGGAGGUCAUUUCAUCGCUGUCGGUGUCGCCCAGCGGACUGGCUCAGCUCUUGCCCUCGGUGCCAUCCAUUUGGGCCCAGCUUUUCAAGCAUUGCGAGUGCUCAGAGGAGGGGUCACGCAACGUGGUGGCCGAGUGCCUGGGCAAACUUGUGCUGGUCAAUCCCGACGAACUGCUGCCGCAACUGCAGCAGGCAUUGCGUUCCGAAAGCCCCACCAUGCGCACGGUGGUUGUCUCCUCCGUAAAGUUCACCAUCUCCGAUCAGCCGCAGCCCAUUGAUGUCCUGCUCAAGCAGAACAUUGGCGAGUUUCUGUUCGCUCUGCGAGAUCCGGAGCCACAGGUGCGACGCGUCGCGCUAGUAGCCUUCAACUCUGCGGUGCACAACAAGCCCAGCUUGGUGCGCGACUUGCUGCCCACCCUCUUGCCUUGGCUGUACUCGGAGACGAAGGUGAAGAGCGAACUCAUUAGGGAGGUGGAGAUGGGUCCCUUCAAGCACACCGUCGACGACGGUCUAGACAUUCGCAAAGCGGCAUUUGAAUGCAUGUACACACUUCUCGAGCAGGGCUUGGAUCGUGUGGAUGUCAUGCAGUUCCUGGAUCAUGUCCAGGCUGGUCUGUGCGACCACUACGACAUCAAGAUGCUGACGUACCUGAUGACAGCACGUCUGGCCAUCUUGUGUCCUGAUAAGGUCCUGCUAAGACUCGAUCAAUUUAUACAGCAACUACGUGAUACGUGCACCCACAAGGUGAAGGCCAACUCUGUGAAACAGGAGUACGAAAAGCAGGACGAACUGAAGCGUUCUGCCCUUCGUGCAGUGUCGGCCCUUUCGCAAAUACCAAAAGCAAACAAAAAUCAGCAGUUAGUGGAUUUCCUCAAGUCGAUCAAAGAAACACCAGAAUUAAACAAGAUCUUCGAGUACAUACAGAAGGAUUCGAUCACCGGUAGCUCAGAUAUUAUAGUAAUGGAUCAAAGUUAAACGGGAAACUUGGUUUCUAAUUCCUUUACUUAAUUAAGAAUAUGCGUUUGCGCACAAACAAGUAUCUCUUUUUCUGAUAUAGCUUUUAGAUUUUCUAAUAAGAAAUAAAUGCAGAUCGACUUGAAAGUUAA